AUGAGCAUCUAUGAAGUGCGUCAAGCUGGAAAACGUACUUUAGAAACAUUAUCAGGUUAUUCUGACACGAUGGUGGGAGGAGCAGCUAGAUUUUCAACCGCCAUGAAAACUUUUAAUUAUCUAAAUCCAUUAGUUUUAUUUAGCGGUGAUAUUUUUUCUCCAAGCAUGUUAUCAACGGUGACAAAAGGAGAGCAAAUGGUGGCGGUUUUAAAUGAGCUAAAUACUCAGUGUGCAGUUUUCGGUAAUCACGAUUUUGAUUUUGGUUUAGAAAUACUGUCUCAAUAUGUAAAAGAUACAAAUUUUCCAUGGUUAAUGAGUAACGUUAUAGACAACGAAACUGGAAAACCUUUAGGAGAUGGAAAAAUUUCGCAUACAAUCGAUUGGCAAGGCCAGCGAAUAGGCAUUAUAGGCUUAGUUGAAAAAGAAUGGUUAGACACUUUACCAACUAUUAAUCCUGAACAAAUAACUUUUAUUGAUUUUGUAGAAGCGGGGAGAAAAUUGGCGACCGAAUUGAAAAAUGAGGGUUGCAAUUAUGUGAUAGCUUUGACUCACAUGAGAACACCAAACGACGUAAAACUAGCUGAAAAUGUAAAUAAUAUUGAUUUAAUAUUAGGGGGUCACGAUCAUGUAUUCGAAGUAAAAAAUGUUAAUAAUAAAUACAUAGUGAAAUCGGGAACGGACUUUAGGCAAUUUUCAAAAAUUACUUUAAACUUUGGAAAAACCGUAGAUGUAAAUGUAGAUGAAAUAAGUGUAACGAAAAAAUAUGCACAAGAUCCGGCCAUGUUGAAACAUCUUGAAAAAUAUUCAGGAGUGUUUGAGGGAAAAUUGCAAGAAGUCCUUGGAACCUUUACAGUUUCUUUAGAUGGUCGUUUUGACAGCAUUAGAAAAAGAGAAACAAAUUUGGGAAAUUGGGUUUGCGAUGUUGUUUUGGCUGCAACAAAUGCCGAUUGCGUUAUUUUAAAUUCUGGAACUUUUCGUUCAGAUGCCGUUCAUCCUGCAGGAAACUUUACCCUGGGCGAUUUGGUUCACGUGAUACCCAUGAUGGAUCUUUUGGUUUUACUUUCUGUAACAGGGGAACAAUUAUUAUUGGCAUUGGAAAAUGGCGUUAGUUCUUAUCCGAAAUUAGAAGGAAGAUUUCCUCAGGUUGCUGGAUUAUCUUUUGGAUUCGAUCCUGAAAAACCUCCAUAUUCGAGAGUCGAUCCGCUUCUCGUAAGAGUCGGAGAUGAAUAUUUAGAUUUAAAAUCAACCUACAGAUUGGCAACUAAAACUUAUUUGUACCAAGGUUGUGAUGGUUAUGAUAUUUUAAAGGAAGCCGAAUUAUUGGUCGAUGAAGAAAGAACUCCGGAUCUUGGUCUGGCUAUUAGAAAUCAUUUUCAAGCUAUAAAUAUGAGACUUGGAAAAACUGGAAGACAUUCAAAACAUCGACAAAGCCUUGUUACCUUGUCUCGCAGGCAUAGUUUGGUGAAAACACUGGAUGCCGGUGACGGCCCUCCUGUGUUACGAGAUAACAAUCACAAAGUAUCAGUGUCACCACCGAAAAACCAUGUCAAUAAUUCCACCAGUCCGAAUUCUUCUCCAACAAAUAGACAAACAACAACGAGAAGAGCCAGUUUUGAUGAUCUUGAACAAGAAUCUUGCGAAUUAACACCAAAAGUCGAAGGAAGAAUAAUUGUCCUUAACGAAGAAAAAAGAAAAGAAUUAAUGGAACAAAGGGAAAAAUUUCAAAAUUGUGUUAUUAUUGAAACUGAAGAAGUUUAA